AUGUUCGCGCAGCCGGAGCAGCCCAUCCGGGAGAUUCUGGUGGCCUUGGGGGGUCCCAGAGGUAUUGAUGAUGCCGUGCUGUCUGUGCUGGAGAAGGUGGGUCUCCACUUAGGCCUCAUGAAGGUGAAGCUGCCAGGCGGCUUGCAGCACUCGUGCGUGGCUUUGGGGGAUCUUCUGGCCUUUCAUGAUCGAGGUUACUUGCAUCCCAUCAUGGAAGACUAUCGAUUUCUGAAGAAGGAGUCCUACCAAAAGUGGCGCGCGCACAUGAGCAAAGCGCUGACCUCCUGGGCGCUGACAUCCUCCGCCGAGGAGAAGACACAGGCGCUGCGGCGCUUUGUGCGUGUUUUCCAGUCGCAGCAGGAGCUCAGCACCACAGAGCCAGAGCUUUCAGCGUCCCUCACAGGGGAUGCUGUGGGAGCGGCACCGGUGACGCCUAGACAGGUGGACAGCUUUGUUCAAGAGCUCCAGGCCCAGGGAGUGCUACCCUCAGGGAAGCGCCCUUGGCGGCUGCAGUUUUCCUUGCAAAAGAUCGAGCCGGAGCGGGCGCUGGUGAUCUUGCAAAGUCACCGGCGAAGACGAUGGCGGGCAUUGAGGGAAGGUCUGGACUUUGACCCCUGGUGGGAGCUGUGCCUGGCCUUGGACGAGGCGAUCACCGCAACGCAUCCCGCGCCCGAGGCCACGCCGGAGGGGGUCCGCCAGCUGCUGGGGAAGCUCCGCGAAGCCCACGGUCUUCAAGGUGCUCCAGAGCCCUUGGAGGUGCGAAGCCUGGAGGAUUUGACCUGCAAAGAGGCCUGCGCCUUGCUCCAGCGGCUCCAGCGGAGGGGCUUGACAAACUCUGGGAGCCGUUCAGCCGGAGUGGCAAUGGAAGCGGCCAUUUGGGCAGUGAAGUGCCAGCCGAAUUCAGGCUAUGCCCACCUUCAUCUGCAAGGACUGGCUUACCGGAAGCGUGCCCCACCAAAGCGAACGAGAGAGAUGUACGAGCAGCUGAGCUGCAAGAGGUGGCGGAAGAAGUGGACCGAGCAGAGUCAUGAUGCCCCAAAGUGGUCUUCAGAUCAACCAGCUGAGCACGCCACAAAGAAAGCGUGGUCCUCUUCGGAACAUGCAGGUGAGAAGUGGUCAUCUUCAGAGCAUGGAGCGCAUGAAGGUGAGAAGUGGUCAUCUUCAGAGCAUGGAGCUGAUGCAGGUGAGACGUGGUCAUCUUCAGAGCAUGGAGGAGGCGGAGGGUGGACGAGUCGCUCAUGGCGCUAUGAGCAGACCGGCGCUUGGAAUUCCAAAAAGCAAGACUGGUGGCCAGAGGAUGCAGGCAAGCAGCGCCCCAACGAGCCGGCCCUGCCGCCGCCCCGCGCCUCGAGCAUGGGGCGGUCCGUGACGACGCGCCUGCCGACCACGCCAAAAUUGAUGCCGGUGCCUCCCAAGGGUCCUCCACCAGCGCACCUGAACCCUGCCCAAGUGGCUCACGCCACUCACCACACUGCUCCAUCGCUGCCAAAGCCGCCCAGCCCGGAGCCAGUACGGAAGAGGGCUUGCAUUUGGUUCAUGGAGAGUGUCCUUUUGCACGGUGAGAACGCACAAUCCGACGAAGAUGACGGCGACUCAGAGUGA